GUUGCUUUUUUUUUUUAUCUGAGAAAUACCAUGUCCCGAUCUAACAGUGUUAGCCCGCCCGGAGUCGGUGCGCCUGGGCUGAGGGGAGGGACUGAACUAAGAUCAGCUUGGGGCGAGUCUGAGUAUAUUGCCAACGGAUGCCCAUACUCGGCUAGAUCUCCGAGCAAAAUGCUCGCCCGUUCGAACAGCAGAUGGACUGAAGGAGAUGAUGAUCCCGACCGACAGCCCAGACCAGGACGAACCACGACAAUGGUUAGCAGGGUCAGUUUUAGGUCUAGGUCUGCGUGGCAAGAGCAUGGCACUGGAGAGGAGAGCCGAAACAACAACCGAUCGUCCCCUAAACACGCAGAUGGAGCCGUGGAAGUGAGACCCAUAUCGGUGGAGUUGGGCUUGGAGGACCGUAGAGUGAAGGGCACCAAACCCGAGGAGGAGGAACUCAUGCCCGAAGUUCACAUUUCCAUGGUCGCGUGCUGCAGCAGCAUGAUGCAGAUUUUCAGAUCCAAGAAAUUCCAAUCGGAGAAGUUGGAGAGGCUGUACCAGCGUUACUUUUUCCGGCUCAACCAGAGCAGUUUGACCAUGCUCAUGGCCGUUUUGGUGCUCCUGUGCGCGGUCAUGCUGACAUUCCAUUGCGCGGGGGGAGGAUGCCGGAUAGCUUACGUUGUGGUAUUUUCCUUGGCCAUCUUACUUAUCCUCAUCUUGAUGAUGGUGUGCAAUCGGAACGGGUUUCAUCAGGAUCACAUGUGGAUAGUCUGCUAUGUGGUCAUUCUAGUCGUGCUGGUAUUACAAGUGAUCGGGGUCCUCCUCGUACAUCCGCAAAGUGCCUCUGAGGGAAUUUGGUGGACAGUGUUUUUUAUCCAUGUCAUUUACACUCUGCUCCCGGUUCGGAUGCGGGCUGCCGUUAUCACUGGAGUUAUGCUGUCUGCCAUCCAUGUGGUCGGGUCUUGGAAGUUAAACGAAAAGGAUGCCUUUGUAUGGAAGCAGAUAGUGUCCAACGUCCUGAUCUUCUCCUGUACUAACAUCGUGGGUGUGUGUACCCACUACCCAGCCGAGGGCUCCCAGAGACAAGCCUUCCAGGAGACCAGGGAAUGCAUACAGGCUCGCCUCCACUCACAGAGGGAGAACCAGCAGCAGGAGCGUCUCCUGCUCUCCGUGCUUCCCCGUCAUGUUGCCAUGGAGAUGAAAGCUGACAUUAACGCCAAGCAGGAAGACAUGAUGUUUCACAAGAUCUACAUCCAGAAGCACGACAACGUCAGUAUCCUGUUUGCAGAUAUUGAAGGGUUUACCAGUCUGGCGUCCCAGUGUACUGCCCAGGAGCUGGUGAUGACUCUCAACGAACUGUUUGCCCGCUUCGACAAGCUGGCUGCGGAAAACCACUGCCUGCGUAUUAAGAUCCUGGGAGACUGCUACUACUGUGUGUCUGGGCUGCCAGAGGCCCGGGCCGACCACGCAUCCUGCUGUGUGGAGAUGGGGGUGGACAUGAUCGAGGCCAUCUCGCUGGUGAGAGAGGUGACAGGGGUCAACGUGAACAUGCGUGUGGGAAUCCAUAGCGGCAGGGUCCACUGUGGGGUGCUGGGACUCAGGAAGUGGCAGUUUGAUGUGUGGUCCAACGAUGUCACGUUAGCCAAUCACAUGGAGGCCGGGGGUGCGGCAGGGCGGAUCCACAUCACCAAGGCCACUCUGAACUACCUGAGUGGAGACUAUGAGGUAGAGCCAGGAUCAGGAGGAGCAAGGAACGUCUAUCUGAAGAAACACAACAUAGAAACCUACCUCAUCGUGGGCUGCAGCCAGAAAAGGAAAGAAGAGAAGGCGAUGAUAGCCAAGAUGAACCGUCAGCGAGCCAACUCUGUCACCCACAACAUGGGCCCCUGGACCGACCGGCCCUUCUACAACCACAUGGGAGGAAACCAGAUCUCUAAGGAGAUGAAGAGGAUGGGAUUUGAAGACCCCAAGGACAAAAACACGCAGGAAAACCUGAACCCAGAAGACGAGGUGGACGAGUUCCUAGGCAGAGCCAUCGACGCCAGGAGUAUCGACCGGCUACGCUCGGAACACGUCAAGAAGUUCCUGCUGACCUUCAGAGAACCAGACCUGGAGAAGAAGUACUCCAAACAAGUGGACUCCAGAUUUGGAGCGUACGUGGCCUGCGCCUCUCUCGUCUUCCUUUUCAUCUGUUUCAUCCAGAUUGUCAUUGUACCACACUCCACUCUGAUGAUUGGGUUCUAUGUCACCUGUCUGAUCAUCCUGAUGGCUGUCAUGUUUGUCUCAGCAAUCUACUCCUGUUUUGGGUUUUUCCCAGUGUCUCUACAGACUCUGUCCAAGAUGAUAGUCCAGUCCAGACUCAACAGCACCCUGGUGGGAGUCUUCACCAUCCUCCUGAUCUUUCUCUCUGCCUUCAUCAACAUCUUCACCUGCAGUACUGGAGACCUGAGGGAGUGUCUGAGCUGGGAACUGAACAUCAGUCGCAGCAGUGUGAACGCCUGCCAUGCACGCAGCCUCAACUACACCCUCGAAUCACUGGACGGCUUCUGUGGCAGCCCCUCACCCAACUGCAACUUCCCUGAGUACUUCUCUUCCUGUGUGUUGUUGACCCUGCUGGCCAGCUCGGUUUUCCUACAGGUCAGCAGUAUAGGUAAACUCCUACUCAUGCUCUUCAUGGAGAUCUUCUACAUCCUCAUCAUGGAGGUGCCAGAGGUCAGCCUGUUCGACAACGUAGACCUGCUGGUCAUGGCCAACGCUAUUGAGCACAUAAAUGGAACAAGCUGUGUGAUGGACUCUAAGGUCCCUCUGAAGAUCAUGACUCCUGUCGUCAUCACUGUCUUCGUCCUGGCUUUGUAUCUACACGCCCAGCAGGUGGAGUCCACAGCCAGACUCGACUUCCUCUGGAAACUACAGGCCACAGAGGAGAAAGAGGAGAUGGAGGAGCUACAGGCUUACAACCGUCGCCUCCUCCACAACAUCCUCCCCAAAGACGUGGCUGCUCACUUUCUGGCGCGAGAGCGUCGGAACGACGAGCUCUACUACCAGUCCUGUGAGUGUGUGGCCGUCAUGUUCGCCUCGAUCUCCAACUUCUCUGAGUUCUACAUAGAGCUGGAGGCCAACAACGAAGGAGUGGAGUGUCUCAGGCUGCUCAACGAGAUCAUUGCAGAUUUUGACGAGAUCAUCAGUGAGGACCAGUUCCGCCAGCUGGAGAAGAUAAAGACCAUCGGCAGUACCUACAUGGCAGCCUCUGGCCUCAACGACUCUACCUACGACAAGGAAGGCCGCUCACACAUCAGAGCCCUCGCAGACUACGCUAUGAGACUCAUGGAUCAGAUGAAGUACAUUAACGAACACUCCUUCAAUAACUUCAAGAUGAAGAUCGGUCUGAACAUGGGUCCGGUGGUGGCUGGGGUGAUCGGGGCCAGGAAGCCCCAGUAUGACAUCUGGGGGAAUACCGUCAACGUGGCCAGCCGCAUGGACAGCACCGGUGUACCUGAGCGGAUCCAGGUGACCUCUGACCUGUACAACGUGCUGAACUCCUAUAACUACACACUAGAGUGCCGAGGCCUCGUCAAGGUGAAGGGUAAAGGAGAAAUGCAGACCUACUUCCUCACUGGAGGACCUCCCAGCAGUUAACACCCAGGCUGUGUCCCAAAUGGAAACCUAUUCCCUAUAUAGUACACUACUUUUGACCAGGGACAUAGGGCUCUGUUUAAAAGUAGUGCACUAUAUAGGAAAUUGGGUGCCAUUUCAGACACAGCCUAUUCAGAAGCAGCCCCAGUAACAGGCUGACACUGGUGCAGGAAAAGGCUGAGAGGAGAGGGGUGAUUGGACUAAAGGGGGCUGACCCCCCCCUCCCCCAAGUCUUUGACGAGCAGGCCCAUGGACCUGUGUUAGCUUGGGGAACUGACUGCCCCCCACCAACACCCCUUGUCCUAGGUUUAUCUCCUCCCUACCUGCAGAGGUCAGACUCCGAUUGGACCAGAGUGAAGGAGACCCCACCCAGCCUCCUCUCGGCUUGGGGGAAAGAGACAGGGAGGAGCUUAGAGGGCCUGGGUUCUCUGAAGAGACCAAAGAAAUCCCAUCAGACUACAGCAGACAGAGACACAUUGUGACAGCAGCAUUCUCUCAAGGUCUUAUUUCUAUAGGUCAUAGUGUGAGUUAAGGAACGGCUAAAAGCCAAUCAUCUCGCAGUCCUGUAGAUCUCUAAGUUUUUCUGUGGAAAUCGAUCCAAUAUGUGUGUCUUCAUAGACAUUCUGCUGAAAGAUCCAAGUCGCUCUAAACAAAACCUGCAUGAAGACACUGAAACCCAUAUAAACACGUAAAACAUUCUGAAAGUAUUCAGGCCCCUUCGCCUUUUCCACAUUUGAUUGUGUUAGACUUUUUCUAAAAUGGAUUAAAUAAAACAUGUCCUCAUCAGUCUACACACAAUACCCCAUAACGACAAAGCGAAACCAGGUUUUUAG